GUUCAGCAUCGUGACCAACUCCACAUUCGGAUUACAAAAUGGCAUUCAAAUUUGCAGUUUUCGCCGCCAUCGUGGCCGUUGCCAACGCCGUCGCCAUCGGAUACCCAGCUGCUCACGUCGGAUACGGAGCUGCCUACCCGGCCAUUGCCAAGGUUGCCGCCCCAGUUUUGGCCAAGGCCGUCGAUGACUACGACCCCAACCCACAGUACAGCUACAGCUACCACAUUGCCGAUGCCCUGACCGGAGACAACAAGGAACAGCAGGAGUCCCGCUCCGGAGAUGUUGUGACCGGAUCUUACUCCCUGGUUGAGCCCGAUGGCACCCGUCGCGUCGUUGAGUACACCGCUGAUCCCGUCAACGGAUUCAACGCCGUUGUCCACCGUCAGCCACUCGGCGCCAAGGUUGUUGCCCCAGUUGCGAAGAUCGCCGCCCCUCUGGCCUACCCAGCCGUCGCCAAGGUCGGAUACCCAGGUGCCUACCCAGCUGCCUACCCCGCUGCCCAUCUGGGAUACCCAGCCCUCGGUUAAACAACCCAACCUCUAAUCGACCCCUGGAAAAUUCUCAGUUCUUCUCUAAAAACUUCUCAGCAAAGUCAUUAGUCUAUACUUUAUUUAUUUAUUCUACUUCUCUAAACUAUCCUACAACAACUUAUUUUUUCCUGCAUAUUGCAAAGACUUUCUUAUCAUUUCUCUACCAGAGCAACGAAUGUGAGUCCUCUAGUUAUUCCAAGCUCAUUUAAAACGUGUGUACAAAAAGUAUAAUUUUAUAAAGACAAGCCAUCUUACUAUUAACGGGAAGCGUACGAUGAGAUUUAGAAAUCUCUUUCCUUGACUGUGUGACUGUACCGUACAACCAUAUUGUAAUCAGAAAUAAAUGCAAUUUCUACAAAA